AACCCGCGGAUUUCGCCCAAUAGAACAGUGUUGUAGAGGGACGCGACUGGCUGGCCCGCGGAAGAAACCCUGAUCGAAGCUCCUUCGCAUCUCGUCUUAGACACGGAGGCGUUUCCAAUCUCAAGGACCUGGGCGUGGGAAACCAACCAACCGACCAACCCGCAUAGCACAAUAUGGCUCCGUCGUGGAUCUCGAAACUAGCUGUGGGGUUGCUUGCUACCGCUGGCCUUCUUUCACCCGCUUCGGCUCAAACGUAUUCAGAUGGAAACAUACAGACUCCAUCGACUCUGGUAUCGAUCACAUCACGCGCUUCUUCUGUGGCAUCAGCGAGCGCGGCUGCGACAGUCUCAGCGGCUUCGAAUGGAACGGCGAGCGAGCCUAAGGAACAUUAUAUCAAGGUUGGGUCUGGAGGGUAUAAGCUUGAUCCGGAUUCGAUAUCGAAUGUGUCUGUGGGGGAUACGGUGACGUUUGAGUUCUUCCCAUCGGGACACUCUAUCAUACGGGCAGCGUAUGGCAGCGCUUGCGUUCCAUUCGAGUACACGGCACGUGAUCGAAUUGGGUUCUAUUCGGGGCCGAUGAUGAUUGAUAAGGUAUCAGAUACGGUACUCUGGAGCAUAACCAUCAACAGCACGGAGCCGAUCUUCUACUACUGCGGCGCCGACACAUCCUGCGACAUCCAACUAAUGGUCGGAGUGAUAAACCCAAACAGCACGCAAACCCUCACGGCGCAGAAAGUCUACGCGCAGAAAGCAGACUGGAAGCUCAUCCCCGGCGACCCCAUCCCAUCAGAAGGCCAAUCCACACUCGCCAUCCCCACAUCAACACCCACAGCAACAGCAACAGCAGCAGCAACCCCCACGCCCUCGCCCGCCGCACACGCCCAUGGCCUAUCCAGCGGCGCAAUCGCCGGCAUCGUCGUCGGCGCCGUAGCCCUGCUCGCCAUCUGCGCAGCCCUCUUCUUCUACGUCGGCCGCGCAAAGUCGCUGAAGGAAACUAUCAAGCGCCAGGACGACGCCGCCGCCGCACGCGCUUCCGCAAACCCUGAGAUGAGCCAGUAUGGCCUUGGCUCGCCUGGUCUGCACUCCCCGUACGGAUCGCCCGAUCUGCGCCAGACGGACUACUACGGUAAUCAGCUGCCUGCGUAUGGGCAGUAUCAUGCGGCUGAUGCAAGGGCGAGCGGGUGGACGAGCCCGUCUUUGGACCCGCAGCAUGCGAGUGUUGGGUCGGGGUAUGAGGGGUUGUCGCAGCAGCAACUUGAUGAAUUGAAACAGCAGCAGCAGAUUACGCGGGUGGAAUUGCAUUCUCCGACGCCGGGGCAGGGCCAGUGGGCGCAUGAGCUGGAGGCGGCGCGGGGGCAGAAGUAGGUGGGUGUUUUACGAGGAUUGUUGUGUUGGUGAUGGGCGUGGCGUUGUGGGUUGGUCUGUCGUUCGUUGAUACCAUGCUUCAAAAGGGGUGUCCUGGAGUUGUAGGGCCAAAAUCAUGACUUUGUCAGUUUCUCAAUUACGAGUUAAUGCCUGAACCAAGCUGGAACCAAAUCU